AUGAGGGAGUGCCACAAGAAGAAACAGCAGCAAUCACAGCAGCAGCUGCAGCAGCACCUGGGGAAUGCUGCUGCAGCAGCAGAUGCAGACGAUACAGCAGCAGCAGCAGCAGCACCAGCAGCAGCAGCAGCAGCAGAUGCUGCUGCUGCAGUACACACUAAACGAAAGCUGAAACUAAAGAAGAAAAAGCAGCAGCAACAGCAGCAGCAGCAGCAGCAGCAGCAGCAACUGCAAAAACAACAGCAGCACCAAAACCAGCAGCAGCAGCAGAUGCAGAAGCAACAGCAGCAGCAGCAGCAGCGGCAGCAGCAGCAGCAGCAGCAGCAGCCUCUUGCUGCAGCAACAACAUCUUUUGCUGCUGCUCCUCCUCCUGCAACAGCAGCAACAACAGCUGCAGCAGCAAAAGCAGCAGUAGCAGAGAUACCAGAAGCAGCUGCAGCAGCAGCACAGCAUCAGAAGCAGCAGCAGCAGCAGCAGAAGCAGCAGCAGCAGAAGCAGCAGCAGCAGAAGCAGCAGCAGCAACAGCAUUUCAAACAUCUUUAA